UCUCUUCCUCUCUCUCUCUACUUUGUUCUUUCUAUAUAUAGAGAGACGUUCUGCUGUUGGUGAAAUUGGAGAUCGAAAGCUUCUGUUUUAUUCAUCGCUUGAUCCCAAACCAGCCUUUCUAUUUUAAUUUAAAUUUUCAGUCAAUUUUUGAACCAUCAUUCGUUGAUAUCAGCAGUCGGGUCUGUUUGGUAGCGGGAAUACAAGGUAGAUUCACGAUUGCUUAAUCUAUUUUGUAGCAGAGUUCUUUUUUACUUCCCUGCCCUGUAUUUUGGGAUAGUUACGGAGAUUCAGAGUUGGGAGCUGAUUCUUACAAACGACUUUCAAGAUUUAUCUCGUGGGAUUUGAAAAGCUUGUUCCUAUGCUUCUUAAUCUUAUGUGGAUGCGUGAUCCUCUUAUUUUCUCCGCUGCGAUUCCAGCAUUGUUGUUACAAACAGCUGUUUUUUGUACCAAUCUUCAUAUUUUGUGUUGUUUGGUUUGCGUUUCGGUAGCUUUUGAUUAUUCAGUUCAUGGUUCUUGAAUGAGAGGAUGAUUCCAUUAACUAAACUUGACUUUGCUAAUACUUUUGUGACAAGCUUUGACAUGAAAAGAACAUUGAUUUGGUUUAUAUAAGGGGAGAUUUUUAGGUCAGGGUAUCAGAAGCAAAUUUGAUCAGUAUGGCUUUAUAGUUAGUAGAUGAGUGCAAAGCCAAUUUUUCUCAGUUUUUAUGGGUAUCUUAGUACUCGAGCAGGAAGAGAGUGGUCAAACUAUACAUUUAAUGCUUUAAUAAGGGUAUCUCAACGGGUGUUUGAAUCAAUAACUCUGCUGUUCUUCUUCUUUUUGCAGUUUAUAAUUCACCAUUUAUUUUCUCUUUCUAUUUAGGAGGAAGGUUGAUCUGUAAAAAGGAGGAUUUUUUUAUGGGGGAAGAGGCACCCGAAUGCUUUCUUGAUUUAAAACCACAGAUCAACCAGUCCUUUACUUUCAUUGGUGAUAAAAUAUAUGAAGUUGGAGGAUCUGAGGACACAACCAACAUAUCAACUAGCAUCAAGGUUUUUGAUAGACUAACUAGCACAUGGUUGGAUCUGACGGUAUUUGGCACGAAGCUUACUCCAUCUAAAAGCCAUGAGGCUAUUCUUCUAAAUAACGAUCGAAUUUUGAUACUUGAGACAGAAUCGUCACCUGAUAAUUGCAUCUGGUUUCUUGAGGUGGACACCCCUUUUGUUAAACAGACAAGGAAGCUUCUUGGAAAUGAGGUAGUGGCAUGGAGUAAGGGUGUAAUAGGUGAUGGACCGAAGCCAAUUGUAAUCAGUGGUCCAUCUGGGGUUGGUAAGGGCACUUUAAUAGCUAAGCUCAUGAUGGAAUUUCCUUCAACCUUUGGGUUUUCUGUAAGUCACACAACCAGAGCUCCAAGAGAGAAGGAAUUGAAUGGAGUUCAUUACCACUUCACUGAACGGAGCAAAAUGGAGAAAGAUAUCCAAGAUGGGAAAUUUCUUGAAUCUGCAUUGGUUCAUGGAAACCUAUAUGGUACAAGCAUUGAGGCUGUUGAAACAGUUUCUGAUGAUGAGAAGAGAUGCAUUCUUGACAUUGAUGUUCAAGGUGCUUCACAAGUCAGGGCAAGUUCCCUUGAAGCAAUAUUUAUAUUUAUCUGCCCGCCAUCUAACGAAGAGCUCGAGAAGCGGCUUCGAGCACGUGGAACUGAAAAUGAGCAGCAAAUUGAGAAGAGACUAAGAAACGCUAAGGCUGAGCUAGCAAGGGGAAAAUCCCCUGGCCUUUUUGAUCAUAUCUUAGUGAAUGAUGACCUUGAAACAUGCUAUCAGAAUUUGAAGACAUUGCUUGCUUUAGAUGAGCACACCAAUGCUCCUUCUCAACAAUUUAUGGAGAAUUUCAAAAUACCACUCUCUCAUUCCUUAUCCAAAGUAGAUAGCAAGAUUUUGAUUCAGUCUCCUUCUGGCAUGUUUGUGCUUGAUUUGUCUUCACUGAAAGGCGGUGCCCCGGGCCGAACAAGAGGCCUUAGAAUGUAUGCUACAGAUUGAUGAAAAUAGUCUGAUUGAUCUAUCAAACAAAUCACUUUAAUCAUCUAUUGAGUAGUUUGAAGACUUUUGUUUGAGACAAAUUGAUUUAGCCAAUUCAGAAUCAUGAUUUGCAGAGUUCUUUGAAGCUACAGAUCUUACAAACUGUUAAAACAAGUUGUCUUUUCUGUUUCUGAAAACUAGCUUACAGUUCUUCACUGGAUAUUCAAUGAAGAGGGUGUCACCAUGACUCUUGUAGGCAUUGGCCAUUCUUCUUUUAGAUAGCUCUUUGAUUCUUACUGCUAUGACUGUUGUAUUGUUCCAAUUAUGAAAUGGAGGGAUGUAAUUAAUUUGUGUUUUUUUUUUUGCAAAUUUGGCAUU